UAGUCAUCGCGUCACAUAACCAACAUGGCGGCUAGGGCACUCAUAAGAGGUGUCCGAUUGGGAUCAAAUAGUGUCGGCAGAACACGCAGUUUAAUAUUUAACAGUUUGCAUAGACGAGGAAUAGCAGCUUGCAUUGAUCCCUCCAUAGGACUCACAGAUGAACAGAAAGAGUUUCAGAAGGUGGCAUUUGACUUUGCUGCCAAUGAAAUGGCACCACAUAUGGCAGAAUGGGACCAAAAGGAAAUCUUCCCUGUGGAGGCCAUGAGGAAAGCCGCCGAGCUGGGCUUUGGUGGGAUUUAUGUGAACCCUGAUGUCGGGGGGUCUGGACUGUCUCGUCUGGACACUUCUAUCAUAUUUGAGGCUUUAUCCACAGGUUGUGUCAGUACGACUGCUUACGUCAGUAUUCACAAUAUGUGUGCCUGGAUGAUUGACACAUUCGGAAACAACGAGCAGAGGGAGAGAUUCUGUCCUGAUCUCUGCUCUAUGCAGAAGUUUGCCUCCUACUGUCUCACAGAACCUGGUAGUGGUAGUGAUGCUGCUUCACUUCUAACCAGCGCAACGCUCAAAGGAGACCAUUAUAUCCUGAACGGCUCCAAGGCGUUCAUCAGUGGAGGCGGAGACACAGAUGUUUAUGUGGUGAUGUGCAGGACAGGAGGGAAGGGGCCAAAGGGAAUCUCCUGUCUGGUGGUUGAGAAAGGAACUCCUGGACUCAGCUUUGGCAAAAAAGAGAAGAAGGUAGGAUGGAACUCUCAGCCAACCAGAGCUGUGAUAUUUGAGGACUGUGCUGUCCCUGUGACCAAUCGGCUCGGGACGGAGGGGCAGGGCUUUAGCAUUGCUAUGAAAGGCCUAAAUGGAGGCAGAAUCAAUAUUGCAUCUUGUUCUCUUGGAGCAGCUCAUGCAUCUGUGCUUCUGGCUCGAGAUCACAUGUGUGUGCGGAAACAGUUUGGAGAAACACUAGCAAACAGUCAGUUUCUGCAGUUUAAGCUGGCUGAAAUGGCCACUAAGCUGGUCGCGUCUCGUCUGCUGGUGCGUCAGGCGGCCUUGGCUCUGCAGGACGGGCGACCGGACGCCGUCUCGCUCUGCUCAAUGGCCAAGCUCUUUGUGACAGAUGAAUGUUUCUCAAUAUGUAACCAGGCUUUACAGAUUCAUGGAGGUUAUGGAUACCUUAAGGACUAUGCAGUGCAGCAGUACGUCAGAGACAUUAGAGUACAUCAGAUAUUGGAGGGAACAAAUGAAGUGAUGAGGAUGAUCAUCGCCAGAAGUUUGCUCACCGAGUCGUGAUGCUGAAAGGAGGAAAGUGUCUGUGUUGUCGUUUUCUAAAAGCACAGAUAUGAGGUCAGGUGCCUGUUAUAUAUUUAUAUCUCCCUCAUGAUGUGACUGUAGAGAUUACUGAUCUUCCACACUCCAGUGUCUGUUGAGCCAUCAAUGGUGUUUUCUGCAUAUCUUCACAACGUUUAUGCCUUAAACUCUUAAAUUGGUGAAUCUAAGUUAUGGUGUUUAUUAUAAUAGCACACUGAGGAUUUUAGUUUGGGGUGGGGUAUACAUUUUAGGAUGUUACAAGACGACAAGUAAAGAGAAGCACUGGCUACGACACCAAGUUACUGAAUUCAAUUAAAUUAAAGUUUACUGGAUUAAAUUCAAUAGAUCAGUAAAUCCCAUAUUUCACUCUUUUGUGUACUUGCAGAUUAAUACAGUAUUCAGCACUUAUUUUUCACUACAGACAGCUCUCAUUGUCAGAUCAUUUUCACAGCAUGGCUUUGUAAAUCUGAUCUUCAAGUUGUUCAUAAAUAGUUGUUGUGACUUCUAACUGUCUUGUUCACCCUGCAAAAUCAUAAAAUAUCUAUAUUUUGAUGAAACUUUACAUAAAGGAUAUUUGAGUUUUGCAUAAAAAUCAUGCAUCAUGUAAAAAAUGUACUGUGUAAUCACAUUUAGUUUGUAUUACAAUGAUUACAGGUUAGGUUUGAAGUUACAGUUUUUUUAAAUGCCUGAACAUCAUGUUUACACAAGUAGCAGCCAUAUUUUUAUGCCAUGUGGCACAAUAUAGCACUGACUGGAUGCAACAAAAUAAACCUUUCAUAUAAGGAUGCA